AUUGGAAUUAGUUGAUUUGUGCGUCGCAGUGGAAGCAGACGUUGCAUUUGUGAGGUGGAUAAUAGUUAGAGGCAAUGUCUUCCAGCCAGAUUAGGCAUAUUCUAGAUCUUUCGCCUAAGGAGCGACAGCGUUUCGUUGAUUCGUUCGAUUGUGUCAUUUGCGAUUGCGAUGGCGUCCUGUGGACCGUCUUCGACCCAAUCCCGGGAGUCGGAGAAGCGCUGAAAACCCUCCAAACCCAUGGCAAAACGCUCCGCUACAUCACCAACAACAGCGUCUUUACAUACGACCACUACGCCGCCCAGUUCCGUACACUGGGCAUCACUCUGACCCCAUCGGACAUCAUUCAUCCGGCCCUGGCCAUUGUUCGCCACUUGAAGUCGAUCCACUUCGAAGGAUUAAUCUUCUGCCUGGCCACGCAGCCCUUCAAGAACGUGCUGAUCAACGCCGGCUUCGAGUUAACCGAGGGUCCCGAUCAACCGCUGGAGGAAUCCUUCAAGAAGAUCAUCGCCACCGUUCACGAUCGAGCUCCGGUCAGAGCGGUGGUAAUCGAUGUGGACUUCAACAUCAACUACCCGAAGUUGCUGCGAGCGGAGCUGUAUCUGAAGAACGAUCCCAAGUGUUUGCUGAUUGCCGGAGCGACGGAUAAGGUGUUGCAUGCCCGUAAGGGCUUCAAUCUGAUUGGUCCGGGGCAUUUCUUGGAUGUUCUGGAACAGUCUACUGGACGUAAGGCUACGGUUUUGGGAAAGCCGGGAAAGGAGUUGGCCAAUUUGGUUGGGGACAUUUUCGGGAUAGAGGAUCGUGGACGGGUUUUAUUCGUGGGAGACAUGCUGGAGCAGGACAUGGUGUUUGCCAGUCGAUGUGGGUUCCAGAAGAUGUUGGUCCUGUCUGGAGGAGCUAGCAAGGACGAUAUGCUUCAGGAGCGGGACGUGGAACGUGUUCCGGACUACUACGCGGAUCGCCUGGAAGAUUUGACGAAGUUGUUCGAGUGAUUGGUUUACGGGAAUUUCUCUUUGUAAUAAGAAGUGAAUACUGGAUUACACUGAGAAGAAUUGCCAUGUAUUUCCCAUACAUUAAAUCCGAUGAAAAUAUAGUUAUUUAGUUCUACUAUUUUGGUGUGUACACUUUGAGUUCAAGUGAUAGAUUUUUUUAGUGUGUUCUUUCGAUGAAUAAGUUAGUUGAUGGUGUUAGUGUAGAUGGAUUUUUCACAAAAAUGAGUUUGAAAACCAGUUUAACUGUCUGCAUCACAUUCUGGUGGGAAUCAUAUCCCGCUUAACCAGCUUAUCGUUCUAAGUUUAAAUGUCAUAAAAGAAACAGGCGAAGGUUGCUUUUUGCUUUCCAUCUGAUCACAGUCUUGUGGUGUGUAAAUUUGUGAAUGAAUGUCUGAGAAUGUAAUGCUUUCUGAUUCGACGUCGUUUUGAACCUCACUCUCUCAUUCAUGUUCUAACCCAACUUUUUCGUUCAAAACAAGGAAGUUAGAUCAGAGCAGUCAAUAUUCUCUUAUUCCUGAACAUUCCUAGUAGAAACCCUAAACUAAAGCACUGAUAAAGCGUUGUUUUGUGAAAAUAUGUAGAUCG